AUGGCUCGAACGACAAUCCUCGAUCUUGAAGUGGAAGUCCUUGCCAGCAUAUUCGAAUUCGUUGAUGAUCAGUCACCCCGAAGCACUGCAGCCAUUGCACAGGUCUGCCAACAGUUCAACAGCGCCGUCGAAUCCAUACGCUAUCGCCGCGUCACCGUACAAUGGCAUGGAACGAAACGCUCCUGGGUGGAUUCGAAAAGUCGAAUCGAGCACGAUUGGCAGAACCCUGAUUUGCUCCGCGGCCUUCGACAUCUCACUGUUUGCAGGGGCGACCUACCUGCAGUCAUCGAUGAGGGCGAGGACCAGGACGAGGACGAGUUGGACGACAAUAGCAAGUCCAACGAGGAUGAAAACGACCCCCUUGCCUCGGUGGGUAAUCCUUUCGGUCAAUUAAAAAGCCUCCUUCGUGACGCCAGCAACCUCAAAACACUGGUCUGGAAGGUCGGCUAUUUCCCACCAUACGGGAUUACCAAGGCCUUGUACGAUUAUCAGCCAAAGGCGAAGUUGAACCUCUUCAAGGCUGAGAGGCUUGCCAGUCCCGUAGGGCUGUUAGCCGCAGAGGCGGCCCUGGCUACACUGCCCAGUCUCACCACGUUUUCCAUGACGGCCUCGCAUGGAACCUGCAUCGAAGACCACAUGACCUUCCAGGUGGUGCUAGCUCUGGCACCGAACCUGAAGUUCGCAUCCCUGGUCUCACUGCCCUUGAUGCGGCCUGGUGACCCAGAGUUGGCCAGCCGCUGGCGAGCCAAGCCCGAACUGUGGUUUCCCAAGGAAUAUGCCGACAGAAAGCCAAAUUCCGCUCUGCGUCAUCUUACUUUGGACGGCUGGUGCUUGUCCGCCGAGACACUUGACUACUGGUCACGGUAUGUCAACCUGACAUGCUUGGAGAGCUUCAAAUGCAGCCGAGGAUCCGUCUACGCUUCAUUUUUCGACCGCGCUCCACAGCUAUUGACCAGUCUCAAGCACAUCAGCCUGAACCUCAACCCUCAAGAACGCAACGAGGAGACAUCUGCAGCGAUAGAGCAGUACAUUGCCACAUGUUCCGCAUUGUCGAGUCUCAGUCUGUGGUCUUGGAGAGGUGGAGUAUCGCUGUCUACCGUCUUAAGUCGACACGGGCCCACUCUCACCGCAUUGCACCUCCAUGAGCGCGAGGAUUCUUGGUAUACGCUGAGAGAUACUCUGUCUCUAGAGGAGCUCAGAUCCAUUCGACACUCGUGUCCGCAGCUGAAAGAGCUCACCUUUGAUAUCAAUCGAACCUCCCAGCACCUGCGCUUCGAAGAGUACCGAGACAUGAUGGAAGAGCUUCGCAAGUUCAAUCUGGACAAGUUGCAAAUUUACUUGGACUGUGGCGUGCCCUGGCUGGCGGAGACUGGCGGACAUUACAACCACGAUGCAAAACCCGUUGAUGACAGAAGAAUGCCGGAUGUCGUUGACGGCGACUUCGCUUACUGCCCUGGCGACAACCAAUUUUGGUUCUCCUCUCCUGUCCGCGUUCGGCCCAGGACGUCUGAAAAUACCAACAACGAACUCGUGGCAUAUCCUCCGUCGUCGAACGAGCAGAUGUGCAGUUUCCUCAUCGCGACAUGGAAAACGGUGUUUGGCUCGCAGACGCAGGGCGCAAGGCAGCUAACUAUCAAAUCCGGCGAGUGGGAGCGCCUAAAUACCCCCGUCCUGCCGCGACUACGAGUACAGCGAGAUGUUAGGGUGUGUUGUCGUGCUUGGCCACAUCAGAGGGAUGACAAGCCGGGUGUGUGUGAGAUCGAGAUUGUUUGCUGCCAGGGAGAGCACAAGAGGAGGUUCACCAGCAGGUAG